AUGCCAUCACCAGCACCAACACUGCCCUACCCCCGUGCCAUCACCAGCCUCCUUUUCACCCCCUGCACCCCGUGCCACUCACCAGCUCAACCCCACUACCCUACCCCCCGUGCCAUCACCAGCUCAACCCUCGCCCCCUGCCCCCGUGCCAUCACCAGCCCCAACUUCACCCCUACCCCCGUGCCAUCACCAGCGCCAACACUGCCCCCUACCACCCGUUGCCAUCACCAGCACCAACACUGCCCCUGCACCCAUUAUCCCGCCAGCACCAACCUUACCCCCUACUGCACCCCGUGCCGUCACCAGGCAACCACUGCCCCCUGCCCGUGCCAUCGCCAGCGCCACUGCCCCUACUGCCCGUGCCGUCGCCAGCGCCAACACUGCCCCCUACUGCCCGUGCCAUCGCCAGCUGCCCCCUCUGCCCGGCCGCCGUCGCCAGCUCCAGCACUUUCUGCCACUGCGUGCCGUCGCCAGCUCAGCACUGCCCUCUGCGUUGCCGUCACCGGCACCAGCACUGCCCCUCUGCCCCGUGCCAUCACCAGCGCCAGCACUGCCCCUCUGCCCCGUGCCAUGCCGGCGCCAACACUGCCACCUGCCCGUGCCAUCGCCAGCGCCAGCACUGCCCCCCACCCCCGUGCCAUCACCAGCGCCAACACUGCCCCCUGCCCCCGUUGCCGUCACCAGCGCCAGCACUGCCCCCUGCCCCGUGCCAUCACCAGCACCAAGCACUGCCCCCUGCUGCACCCCGUGCCAUCGCCAGCGCCAGCCCGCCUGCCCCUGCCGCCCCGUGCCAUCACCAGCGCCAGCACUGCCCCCUGCCCCCCGUUGCUCGCCACCGGCACCAACACUGCCCCCUGCUGCCCGUGCCAUCCGCGCCAGCACCAGCUGCCCCCUCUGCCCCCCGCCAGCUCAGCGCCCAGCUGCACCCCCUACUGCCCCCGUGCCAUCGCCGGCCCCCCACUGCCCCCUCUGCCCCGUGAAUCCCAGCGCCAGCUUUCUGCCCCCUUUUCGUUGACACGCCAGCCUCAGCACUCUUCCCCCUCUGCCCGUGCCAUCACCAGCGCCAACACUGCCCCUGCCCCUUGCCAUCACCAGCCCAGCACUGCCCCUACUGCCCGUGCCAUCACCAGCACCAGCACUGCCCCCCUCUGCCCCGUGCCAUCACCAGCCCAACACUCCCCCUACCCCGUGCCAUCACCAGCGCCAACACUACCCCCUACCACCCCAUUGCCAUCACCAGCCAGCACUGCCCCUACCGCCCGUGCCAUCACCAGCACCAGCACUGCCCCCUGCCCCCCGUGCCAUCACCAGCGCCAGCACUGCCCCCCCCCCUGCACCCCGUGCCAUCGCCAGCACCAACCUUUACCCCUGCCACCCCGUUGCCGUCACCAGCGCACCAACCCACUGCCCCUGCUGCCCCGUGCCAUCGCCAGCACUGCCCUACUGCCCCCCGUGCCAUCGCCAGCGCCAGCACUGCCCCCUGCCCCGUUGCCGUCGCCAGCGCCAGCUUGCUGCCCCUCUGCGUGCCGUCACCAGCGCCAGCACUUUCUUCCCCUGCCCGUUGCCAUCGCCGGCCUCCAGCACUGCCCCCUCUGCGUGCCGUCACCAGCGCCAGCCACUGCCCCCUGCCCCGUGCCAUCACCAGCCUGCUGCCUACCCGCCCCACCAGCACUGCCCCUACUGCCCCGUGCCAUCGCCAGCGCCAGCACUGCCCCCUGCCCCCGUGCCAUCGCCAGCGCCAGCACUGCCCCUGCUGCCCCCGUGCCAUCACCAGCGCCAGCCUGCCCUCUGCCCCGUGCAUCGCCGGCACCAUCUGCCCCCUCUGCCGUUGACCAUUCCAGCACUCUGCGCCUGCUGCCCGUGCCGUCACCAGCGCCAGCACUGCCCCCUACUGCCGUUGCCAUCACCAGCGCCAACACUACCCCUACUGCACCCGUGCCAUCACCAGCACCAGCACUGCCCCUACCCCCCGUGCCAUCACCAGCACGCCAGCACUGCCCCUCUGCACCCCAUUGCCAUCACCAGCACCAGCUUUUCCCCCUACCACCCUGUGCCAUCGCAGCACCAGCACUACCCCCUGCCACCGUGCCAUCACCAGCGCCAGCACUGCCCCUGCCCCCGUUGCCAUCACCAGCACCAACACUGCCUGCCCCGUGCCAUCACCAGCUCCAGCACUGCCCCCCUCCUGCACCGUUGUCACCAGCGCCAGCACUGCCCCCUGCCCCGUGCCAUCGCCAGCGCCAGCACUGCCCCUCUUUUGCCGUCGCCAGCUUCAGCACUGCCACCUGCUGCCCCGUGCCAUCACCAGCCAACCACUGCCCCCUCUGCGCCCCGUUGCAUCGCCGGCGCCAGCCUUUCCCCUCUUCCCCGUGCCAUCCAGCGCCAGCACUGCCCCCUGCGCCCCGUUGCCAUCGCCAGCGCCAGCACUGCCCCCUGCACCCCGUGCCAUCACCAGCGCCAGCUCUGCCCCUGCGUGCCAUCACCAGCGCCAGCACUGCCCCUGCCGCCCCUUGCCGUCACCGGCGCCAGCACUGCCCUGCCCCAUUGCCAUCACCAGCACCAGCACUGCCCCUGCCCCCGUGCCAUCACCAGCGCCAGCCUGCCCCUACCCGCCCCGUGCCGUCACCAGCGCCAGCACCUGCCUGCCCCCCGUGCCAUCGCCAGCACCAACACUGCCCCCUGCCCGUGCCAUCACCGGCACCAGCACUGCCCCCUGCCACCCGUGCCAUCACCAGCUCAACCGCACUUCGCCCUGCCCGCCCCGUUGCCAUCACCGGCGCCAGCACUCUUCCCCUCUGCCCCGUUGCCAUCGCCAGCGCCAGCCCGCUGCCCCCUGCCGCCCGUGCCGUCGCCAGCGCCAGCACUGCCCCCUCUGCGGUGCCAUCUCCAGCAGCCUCCCCCUCUCUGCGUGCCAUCACCGGCUCAACCUUACCCCUGCCACCCGUGCCAUCACCAGCACCAGCACUGCCCCUACUACCCCAUUGCCAUCACCAGCAACACUACCCCUGCACCCGUGCAUCACCAGCCUCAACACUGCCUGCAUGCCAUCACCAGCUUUCAACACUGCCCUACUGCCCAUCACCAGCCAACACUGCCCUCACCCCGUGCCAUCACCAGCACCAACACUGCCCUCUACCCGUGCCAUCACCAGCGCCAGCACUGCCCUACCUGCCCCGUGCCAGCCUCGCGCCAGCUUCCUUCUGCCGUGCCGUCACCAGCGCCAGCACUGCCCCUCUGCCCGUGCCGUCGCCAGCGCCAGCACUGCUGCUGCCCGUUCAUCGCCGGCGCCAGCACUGCCCCUGCUGCCCGUUGCCGUCGCCGGCCAGCCCACCGCCGCCUUUUGCGUGCAUCGCCGACCAGCACUGCCCUACCGCCCCGUGCCAUCACCAGCGCCAGCACUGCCCCCUGCCCCCGUGCAUCACCAGCACCAGCACUGCCCCUCUGCCCCGUGCCAUCACCAGCUCCAGCUUUCUGCACCUGCCCGUUGCCAUCCCAGCGCCAGCACUGCCCCCUGCCCCCCGUGCCAUCUCCAGCACCAGCACUGCCCCCUGCCGCCCCGUGCCAUCGCCAGCACCAGCCUGCCCCCUGCCCCCGUGCCAUCACCAGCGCCAGCACUGCCCCCUGCCCCCCAUUGCCAUCACCAGCGCCAGCACUUCCCCCUGCACCCCCGUGCCAUCCGCCAGCACCAGCCACUGCCCCUGCCCCCCGUGCCAUCACCAGCGCCAACACUGCCCCUCUGCACCCCGUUGCCAUCACCAGGCCAGCACUGCCCCUGCCCCCGUGCCAUCGCCAGCGCCAGCCUUUCUGCCCCCCGUUGCCAUCGCCAGCACUCGACACUUCCUCCUGCCGUGCCAUCGCCAGGCCAGCACUCCUCCCCUGCCCCCCGUGCCGUCACCAGCGCCAGCACUGCCCCCUCUGCCCCUUGCCAUCACCGGCACCAACACUGCCCCCUGCCACCCUUGCCUCACCCAGCCAACCUACCCCCUACCACCCCGUGCCAUCACCCCAACACUCUACCCUGCCCCCCCCGUGCCAUCACCAGGCCAACACUGCCCCCUACCCCUGCCAUCACCAGCACCAGCACUGCCCCCUACCACCCGUGCCAUCACCAGCGCCAGCACUACCCCCCUGCCACCCCGUUGCCAUCCCAGCGCCAGCACUGCCCCCUACUGCACCCGUGCCAUCACCAGCGCCAACGCACCUGCCUCCACCCCGUGCCGUCACCGGCACGCCAACACUGCCCCUACUGCCCGUGCCAUCGCCAGCGCCAGCACUGCCCCUCUGCCGGUGCCAUCGCCGGCGCCAGCACUGCCCCCUGCCACCUUGCCGUCACCGGCGCCAGCACUCACCGCCUCUCUGCCCGUUGCCAUCGCCAGCGCCAGCACUGCCCCUGCUGCCCCGUUGCCGUCACCAGCGCAACGCCCCCCUCUGCACCCCGUUCGCCAUCACCAGAAGGCACUGCCCUGCCCCCCGUGCCAUCCCAGCGCAACCCCUGCCCCUGCACCCCUUGCCAUCACCAGCGCCAGCACUGCCCCUGCCACCCGUGCCAUCACCAGCACCAGCGCAUUUCUGCCGUGCCAUCACCCAGCACCAGCCACUGCCCCACCCCCCCGCUACCCUACUGCCGUGCAAAUCGCCAGCCCUCCACCGCCCCCCGUUGCAAUCACCAGCCCACCACGCAACUACCGCCUUGCCAUCACCAGCGCAACGCUGCCCUACCCCCGUCACAGCUUUAACCAUACCCUGCGCAUUGCCAUCACCAGCGCAAACUUCCCCUACCCGUGCAAAAAUCGCCGGUUCCGCCAUCCCCUACCCCGUUGCAAUCCGCCAGCGCCACCCUGCUCCCUGCCACCCACGCUGCCAUCAACCCGCACGCCGCUGCCCUGCCGCUGGCCGCCAACCGCUGCCGCCGCCCUGCCCCUGCCAUCGCCGCAGCCUUCCCUGCCCCUGCCGUCACCACUGCCCUCUGCGAAAUCGCCACCGCAUACCCUGCUUCCAGUCCCCGCCAAGUCAUGCCCCUGCAACCGCCUCCGCAAUACAAACCUGCCACCGCCCCCACUACAACCGUCCUUUCCCACCGCCUGCAUACCCUGCCUGACCGCCACCUCCUGCGCCUGCAGACCGCCCCCUGCUGCCCUCUUGCCACUCUUCCACUGCCCACACCCUGCUACACAUUCUUUCACUCCGCCAACCCCUGCCAUCUUUCUGCAAAUCACCUGCGCUUCUGCCAAAUCGGCCCUACAUCAUUGCCCUACCGCCAUUUCCCCCCUCGCACCAUAA